AUGGGGAAAGGGGGGAACCAGGGCGAGGGGGCCACAGAGCGCGAGGCGCCCAUGCCCACCUUCAGCUGGGAGGAGAUUCAGAAGCAUAACCUGCGCACGGACAAGUGGCUCGUCAUCGACCGCAAGGUCUACAACAUCACCAAAUGGUCCAGCCGGCACCCAGGGGGCCAGCGGGUCAUCGGGCACUACGCGGGGGAAGAUGCUACGGACGCCUUCCUUGCCUUCCACCGUGACCUUGACUUUGUGCGCAAGUUCAUGAAGCCUCUGCUGAUUGGAGAGCUGGCCCCGGAGGAGCCCAGCCAGGACCAUGGCAAGAACUCCCAGAUCACCGAGGACUUCCGGGCCCUGAGGAAGGCGGCCGAGGACAUGAACCUGUUCAAGAGCAAUCACCUGUUCUUCCUCGUCCUGCUGGCCCACAUCAUCGUCAUGGAGAGCAUUGCCUGGUUCAUCAUCUUUUACUUUGGCAAUGGCUGGAUUCCAACCGUCAUCACGGCCUUUGUCCUCGCUACCUCUCAGGCCCAAGCUGGAUGGCUGCAACACGAUUACGGCCACCUGUCUGUUUACAAGAAGUCCUCCUGGAACCACGUCGUCCACAAGUUCAUCAUCGGCCACUUAAAGGGUGCCUCCGCCAACUGGUGGAACCAUCGUCACUUCCAGCACCACGCCAAGCCCAACAUCUUCCACAAGGACCCCGAUGUGAAUAUGCUGCACGUGUUCGUCCUGGGCGAGUCGCAGCCCAUUGAGUACGGCAAGAAGAAACUCAAAUACCUGCCUUACAAUCACCAGCACGAGUACUUCUUCCUGAUCGGGCCGCCGCUGCUCAUCCCCGUGUACUUCCAGUACCAGAUCAUCAUGACCAUGAUCUCACGCCACGACUGGGUGGACUUGGCCUGGGCCAUGAGCUACUACGCUCGGUUCUUUAUCACCUACAUCCCUUUCUACGGCAUCCUGGGGGCUGUCAUUUUCCUCAACUUCAUCAGGUUCCUGGAAAGCCACUGGUUUGUGUGGGUCACACAGAUGAACCACAUCGUCAUGGAGAUUGACCACGAGCCCUACCGUGACUGGUUCAGCAACCAGCUGGCAGCCACCUGCAACGUGGAGCAGUCCUUUUUCAAUGACUGGUUCAGCGGGCACCUCAACUUCCAGAUCGAGCACCACCUCUUCCCCACCAUGCCCCGGCACAACUUCCACAAGGUCGCACCGCUGGUGAAGUCUCUGUGCGCCAAGCAUGGCAUCAAGUACCAGGAGAAGCCGCUGCUGAGGGCCCUGCAGGACAUCAUCAGGUCCCUGAAGAAGUCCGGGGAGCUGUGGCUGGACGCCUACCUCCACAAAUGAAGCAGCAGCGCUGGGGCUGCCCACGGGGAAGGGGGAGCAGGUUGCCAUGGCAACAUGGG